GGGGCGUGUACUGAUUAUUGUUAGUCAAUUGUCUACGUACUAGAACGUGAGGUUAGUGCUAUAAAACUGUUCAGAAUUGUUGUUAUUUGCACUUUGAGUAAUAAUUUAAUUAGGUUACUGGGUUACAAAAUGCCCGCAUAUCAUUCGAGUUUCCUUAACUUCAACCAAACUGUCGGCAACAUGGCAAUACUUCCGUUGAGAACUCAGUACAGGGGUCCCGCACCGACCGUGUCCAAAGAAGCCGAUAUAAUCGACGAAGCACUGGAUCACUUCAAAGCGAACGUGUUCUUCAGGACCUACGAGAUCAAGAGUCCCGCGGACCGGGUGCUGAUCUACAUCACGCUGUACAUCAGCGAGUGCCUGAAGAGGCUGCUCAAGUGUCCCACCAAGAGCAAGGGCUCGCAGGAGCUGUACUCGCUGGCCAUCUCCAGGUUCGACCUCCCGGGCGACCCCGGCUUCCCGCUGAACUCGGUGUACGCGCGCGCGGGUAGCGAUGCGGAGCUGGAGCUGAUGCGGCAGUACCUGGCGCAGCUCCGCCAGGAGACGAGUGCGCGCGUGUGUGAGCGCGUGUACUGCGCUGACGGCGCGCCCUCCAAGUGGUGGAUCUGCUUCGCGCGCAAGAAGUUCAUGGACAAGUCGCUGUCGGGCCCCGGCUUCUAGUGCAUGCUACUGCAUCAGGCGGAUCUUCCUUGGGACCUUUCACAUCUGCUACUUAUGUUUUUUUUUUAAAUUCAGCAAAUGUGUUUGUGAGGAUCUACAAGUAAUGUUGGUUGAGUAUCCUGCAAAAAGGAGUUGCUGAAUUAUAACUGAUUCUGAGUAAACUUGAACGUGAGGAGAUCAGUGCAGGCAGGGAAGUUGUGUGGUAAAAAUUAUUCAAAGCAGUUUUAUCAAUUUUUCAUCAGUAGUUAUUUGCCAAUUUCUUAUUUUGGUGAUCUACACAAUUUUUCUUCAUGUGAAAGCACUCUACAACUACCAAAUUUCCAGACUACAAUUGUAAUAUAAAAUAAUAUUAUGCGAGAAUUUAUACAUGCUAAAGAUAUUACAUUAUUUUUAAUGUUGCUGAUUCAACCUAACCAACCCUUCACUGUCAUUAUCACUACCUGGCAUAAUUAUAAAAAUAGAAUAGGUACUUUACAAAGUUAUUUCCUUUGUAAAAAAAUUCAUACAACUGAUUGAAACAUGAAGGUAACAUAAAAAACACAAUGCACAAAUACAGGGUUUGUCCGUAAAGUAACGAGACUAGAUCUGGUAAAAAGAAUUUAUUGAUGUGAUCGGUUCAUAUUAAAAUUCUACAGUAUAGUCACCUUGGGUGUUGAUACACCAUUGCCAACGUGAUUCCCAAGCUGGAAGUCAGCUGCCGUGACCUCUUUCACUGACUGACAGCCCGUUGGAUGGCGGGAACAUCUCCAUGAUUCUCCUGAGCUGUAGGAACAGGAAGCAGUCCGGGUCAGGUGGCGCUCGCAACGAAGGCAGCGAAGUGGUGGUGAAGCUUCCAGCCAUCCCCCAUCUCCGGUCGUUUCCUUUACAUGGCUCGGUGCAGGUGCGCAAGGAUGCGUCCCGCAGAUACAAAUUCUUUGUGGACCAUCCCACACUUGUCAAAAAUGACAGUGAACAUUGUCUUUAGUGUUUACCUCAGACUUUGACAUUCUCAUUUUUUUGAGGUGUGAGGAGUUCGAGGUGAACCACUGCAAACUUUGGCGCUUGGUUUCAGGGUCGCACUGGAACACCCAUGAUUCGUUGCCUGUUAUUACAUCGUCCUAAAAGUCCGGUUCACUUUCUAACUGCUCCAUUGUCUUACGGGAAAUGUCAGCUCCUCGUCAUUUUGUUUAUCACUUAACACUUUUUGCACCAAUUUCGCACAAAUCUUCUGCAUGUUCAAAUUUUCAGAAAUAAUUUUGUGAACCAUUCUUUUGCACAUAUUGAUGUGUUCAGUGACUAAUCUUACACUCAAAUGACAGAGUCCAGGAGAUAUUUUACCUUGGCCACAUUUUCGUCCAAAACACUCGUGAAAUGCGUCCAGAUCGCUCCAUGUCUUCAAAUGUCUCCCGUCCGUUCUUGAACUCAACUCAAUCACUGGAAAACCUAGGCGUCGUCUUUGUAAGCCUCCUUAACCGAGGCAAGCGUCUCUUUCGCCUGGGCAAAACCAAAAUUUAAUCUCGUAAUGCUGCUCCAGCGGAUGUUCCAUUUUGGACAUUUUCUGCCGUGACGAAAACCUCAGAACCAGCUUGUGUGCCGGGCGUGUUCCUGGGACGCGACUGCUGCCGGUCCGUGGCUUAGCGUGGACCCCUCCCACUGGAGCGCCACGUGGUGGCCAGUUGUGUUACUUCAUGGACAACCCUGUAGUCACCUUUCCUCGGUUCUCAGUGUGGUUAGUGGCACGCAGGAGAUGUAUUGAAACACUAAACUAAUUAAAAUAAAUUUGCUAUAUUCUACAACAGUAUUUGUUUGACUGUCAUAAAAACAAAGGUUUCGGCUUGAACUGUUCAGCAAUAAAAGUAGGUAUCAUUACUGACAACCCAUAUCGUCUAACAAAUCCAAGUAGGUUAGUACACGAAAUGAAGAAUUGUGUAUAGAUAUUUACAAUUUUUGUUGUUUAAAAUGUUUACUAAUUGCAUUAAAACAAAUAACUAUUAUUUUAAAUGUGAUAAAUAAAUAUUUGUAACCAGUUUGGUACACCUAAA